CGCUCGGGGUUUGGCUGCUUGCUUGUAUCUGCGGCUUCCGGAGGGUGAAAAGCCGGCUUUUUGCAUUCACUAAACCAUAUAGCCUACAGGUAUUGCCCCCCCCCCCCCCUCUCAGUUAAAGGUUCUGAGGACGACACAAAGGAACUCGCUCCACUUUUUCAAUUUGAGGUGCCCGCCUCCUCAGCAUGAGACCGCUGGCCAGUCUUGAUGUGUCCAGCGCGAAGAUCUCGCAUUAGGAAACUGCCACCAUGCUUCAGUGACAAACAAUUCUUGAUUUAAAGAGACUGUGAUAAGUUUCCUUUGGGAUUGAGAGGCUACAUUGCGUCAAGCGAGUGUUAUUUGUCAAACGGUGAAACAUCAGACUAAUCGCGCAGGAGCAUUAUCCGACAAAACACCAAUUCAAUGACAGUCUUUUCGAUUUUCAGCGUAUCUUGACUGGCCGGUGAAAUACUACAGUAUUUUCUAUCACCUAUCGUUUGUGUGUGCCUAGCCAUACAAGACAUCAAGAUGCAGUUUCGGACAGUGUUGGAUGUAAAAGUCGUGGACGUGGAGAAGAGACGCAACCCAUCCAAACACUACGUGUAUCUCAUCAACGUCACCUACUCCGACACCACCUCCCACGUCAUCUACAGAAGAUACAGCAAAUUCUUUGACCUACAGAUGCAGAUUCUUGACAAGUUCCCAAUCGAGGGAGGGCAGAAAGACCCCAAGAAGAGAAUCAUCCCUUUUCUCCCAGGUAAAAUCCUGUUCAGAAGGAGUCAUGUUCGUGAUGUGGCCAUGAAGAGACUGCGCUUCAUAGAUGACUAUUGCAGGGCGUUGGUGAGACUUCCUCCUCAGAUUUCCCAGAGUGAAGAGGUGCUUCGUUUCUUCGAGACCAAAGCAGACGACCUCAACCCCCCAGUCGAGUAGGUAUCAGAAACAGACACACACGUACAUGUUACCCCCCAAUACCCCCAGCGUUUGACCCAGUCAGUUUCUAUGUGUUCUCGUCCUGGCUGAUGUGUGUGAGCAAAUGAUCCCUUUUUAAAAAGGUGUGUGUUGUGUGCUUCUGUGUGUAGCUGUUUUUCUGCAGUGUGUGUGUGUGUUGGAAAGAGUAAGGGCUGUGGAAUUCUUAUUUCCGCUUCUGGUUCUUUUGAGAGUGGUAAGUUGGCCAAGCUUUGAUGCCACCAACUACUUUUCUGACUCCUACUGGCUCUCUCUGUCUCUCUCUCUCUCUCUCUCUCUCUCUCCUCUCUCUCUC